GUUGCUGUUACGUUAACAACCGCGUAUUGGGAGGUUUGUUUUCAAAUAAAAACAAGUGUCGUGCAGCAUGUGGCCAUAACACAAUAGACAACAGAUUAAUUAUCCAAAAACUAUCAAAUGGCAGCAGAACUAGCACCUGUCGGCAUUCCAGUGCAAAUGGAAAUGCAGGAGCCGGUUGCAAAGAUAAAUUUUCUGCAUGCACUUGUCGCUGGCGGCAUUGCUGGAGUUGUUGUGGAUAUUGCACUAUUCCCCAUUGAUACGGUCAAGACGCGCCUACAAAGCGAAUUGGGUUUCUGGCGUGCCGGCGGAUUUCGUGGCAUUUACAAGGGACUGGCGCCGGCGGCUGCUGGCAGUGCACCCACAGCAGCAUUGUUCUUCUGUGCCUACGAGUGUGGCAAGCAGCUGCUAAGCUCAGCGAGCAAUACCAAAGACUCUCCCUACGUUCACAUGGCUGCAGCAUCUGCAGCGGAAGUGCUUGCCUGCCUCAUACGCGUACCUGUGGAAAUAGCCAAGCAACGUUCGCAAACGCUGUCGGGUCACAAGCAACACCAGACGGCGCUGCAAAUCCUGUUGCGCGCCUAUCGAACAGAGGGGUUGAGACGGGGACUUUAUCGCGGAUUCGGUACAACAAUCAUGCGCGAGAUUCCGUUUAGCUUGAUCCAGUUUCCUUUGUGGGAGUACUUUAAGCUACAGUGGACGCCAACGACAGGCUUCGAGUCGACGCCCCUGUCGGUUGCCCUGUGUGGAGCAGUUGCUGGUGGCAUUUCGGCUGGACUGACGACUCCACUGGAUGUGGUCAAGACACGUAUAAUGCUGGCGGAACGAGACAGCUUGACACGCCGUCGCAAUGUACCUAGCAUUUUACAUGGCAUUUACGUGGAACGUGGCAUAACCGGUUUGUUUGCUGGCUUUGUGCCACGCGUGCUCUGGAUUACGCUGGGCGGUGCGUUCUUCUUUGGAUUCUAUGACCUAACAACGCGACUCUUAGGCGCGGCAAAUGCAGAUAACUGAAGGC